GGCGCAGUUAGGGCAGGCACAGGCUUCCAGUCGCGGCUAUCAAAGGGGCGUCGUCAUCGUCAAGUAUCAACACGCUGUACGGUCGGACUCUUUCAUAUUCGUACCCGGACGGCGGGAUUCAAUGAAGGAAAGACGCUCGUGUCAGAAACUUUCCGUGAAAUCCGCCAUGGAUCCCAGUCCGAGUGUGAAGUGCAAGAUAGUUGUGGUGGGAGACAGCCAGUGCGGGAAGACGGCGCUGCUUCACGUCUUCGCCAAGGACUGUUUCCCUGAGACGUACGUUCCUACUGUAUUUGAAAACUACACUGCCAGUUUUGAAAUCGACACUCAGAGGAUUGAACUCAGCCUGUGGGACACCUCAGGAUCGCCCUACUAUGACAAUGUGAGGCCUCUUUCAUAUCCAGACUCCGACGCCGUGCUCAUCUGCUUUGACAUCAGUCGCCCGGAAACGCUCGACAGCGUUCUGAAGAAGUGGAAAGGGGAGAUAAUGGAGUUUUGUCCUAACACUAAGAUGCUGUUGGUGGGCUGCAAGUCAGACCUGCGCACUGACCUGGGCACGCUAGUGGAACUCUCCAACCAUCGGCAGACGCCCGUGUCCUAUGAUCAGGGCUCCAACAUGGCCAAGCAGAUCUCGGCGCCGUACAUCGAGUGCUCUGCUCAGCAAUCGGAGAACAGCGUGCGGGACAUUUUCCACGUGGCCACGCUGGCCUGCAUCAACAAGAGCAGCAAAAACGUCAAGCGCAGCAAGACCUCCCGCGCCGCCAAGAGGAUCUCACACAUGCCCGGCAGACCCGACCUGGCGGCUGUAGCCUCGGACCUCCGGAAGGACAAGGCCAGAAGUUGCUCUGUCAUGUGACUGCCAGGUCUGGGGGGGAUUAGACUGGAAGGAGCGAGGACUGAGCGUGGCGUAAGCAGGAAGCCUCUUUCCUGCGUGAGAAAAGCCCUUUUUUUGUCUGGAAAGGGGAUUAUUAAUAAGCUUCAAAUCAUGUACAUGUUACCGGAAUUCUCCGCACAAGUCAAAGUAGCAUCCCACCCGGCGUGGCCCACACCCCUCCCCCGCUGUCGGGGACGCUAUCCAUCAGCGUGCUACCUGCUCAGGAAGUCGGGCAGCUUCCUGCAGGAGGACAAAGCCGAAGCAGGCCACGCCCACAGGAACUAAGCUGGAGCAGUGACGUCACUAGGAAACAAACACGUGAUAUCGGGACGUUCUGCUUCAGAGUGACUCGCUUUCAGAGUGAGACAGUUGUCCGUCAAGCCAUGGCGGGGCAUGACGAGCAUAUCUCAGCCCUGCACAAAGAAAGAUGUUUGUUCCCACCCCCGUCUGCAGUAUGGUGUCGGUAUAAUGUGAAGUCAGUAACUGUGUCACUGUCCCAUGUUGUUGUUGUUGUUGUUGUUGUAGUACCGCAAAUUGUGUGUCUGUACUCCAGGACGGGCGAGGACGUUGUCUUCUCAUUCUCAUAUUCCCACAACCCAGCAUGAAACGGCUCGUCCUCUUCACGGGGAAGCGAAACUUAACAAAAUGUCACAGCGUACCGUCACCCUGGCUGUGUUGGAAUAUGCGCAUGCCAUCAUGACCGCUCGCGAGGUACCAAAGAUGAAGGCCCCAAGAGGACCUCACGCCAUCUUAUUUUGUUAGCGGCGUAUAGCCGUCAAGUAUAUAUAGUCCGUUAAGCCCCCAGUGCAUCAAGAAGUAGUCUCUGUGAAGGGUGUACCGAUCCGAUAUCGAUAUUGGUCCGAUAUC